ACACAGCACUGGCAAACAAAGCAGAGGGGCGCAACGAGGACGAAGCAAGACGUUUCUUGCAUGGUCACAAUCUUGUAGUGAGUUGCUAACCAUCACAACGAGAAGCAGGACGAGAACCGUGAGAGCAGCAAACAUUCAAUACCCAAACAGCCAGUUUCCAGCUUGCAGCAGGCCCCCUGCGAACAACAGCACAAUAGCAAGCCACUGUUCUUUGCUGCUGUGGUAGAACCCCCGACGAGGGUCAUGGCUUCUUCCGCUCCCACGGUAGCCCGAUCCAUUGCUGAGGUGACUCGGGAGGCGAUCCGGGUGGAGAAGCUGCGAGGAAGGGUGCAGACGGUAUUUCCGAUACACGCAUGCAUGACGCCGACGGCGAGCAACAGCGAGACGCAGGACUACGGGACUGUGGGCAGCGACGGUCCGAUUGAGGGGGCUACGAAAGUAUUCCAAGUAACCCUCCGAGACCUCAGCCUACCGGGCAACAGUGGUGCCAACGGUAAUCUCCACCACCGCAUCGAUGCCUACUUCUACGACAAGUGGGCGGACGACCACCACUCCGGCAUUGGCCCUGGCGAUGACAUAGAGGUCUCCGGCCCAGCCGCCAGACUCGUUCACCCGGACCCUUCCGCGUCCGAUAACGGGGACCACCCAUUUUGCCUAGUGUUUCACACCGGAAGCGACGACUCCUUGCUGGCGCUGGGCGCGAUGGCGGCGGACCACCUUGCCGGCGUCGCGGGGGGCGGUGGAGGAAGAAACGACGAAGCGGACGACGUCGUUUCUUGCAAGGUCGUUCGAAAGGCGGUGCAACCGGGGGCGCGGUCUAGGGGUGGGGCCGCGCCGAUGGGGAGGAGAGGAGGCGGGGGAAGAGCCAAAGCGUCGUACGCAUACACUGCUCUGGAUAGCAUCCGCGUGCAGGAAGAGAAGACGAACGUGUACGGCGUGGUUUGCUCCUUCACCCACCGUCACCAAUCCAGGGGAAGGGACCUGACGAACUCGGUGAGCCUGCUGGACGAGUCUUGCCCUCAGUCCGACGGCGCUGUGCCGUGCAACUUCUUCAGCUCGACUCUCAAGGGGCUGCCCGCGCCGCUAAUGGUCGGCGACAUCGUCAGGCUCCACCGCGCCAAGGUUCAAGAGUACCGCGGGCGGCCUCAGCUCCUGGCCGCUGGAGGCGCCGCGUGGCUCGUCAUCCGCAAGAAGAAGGCCAUGCGAGAGACCUAUCAGAAGUGCCCUAUCGGCGGCAUCUCUUCUGCUAGCGGCGACGGCGACGGUGGUGUCGAUGACGAGGACCCUGACCCGGAUGAUGACUCGCCGCCUUCGGGGCCGGAUGCCGGGGGAGGGGAGGUAGAUGCGAUAUUGCCUGCCACGGACUGGGAGGUGCAAUCAUCCUCGGCGAACUACACGUUGUCGCAGGUGGAUCAAGACAGGUGUAUCGCGCUGAGCGAUUGGCUGGCGAGGAAGUCGCCGCAACUGUGGCUGAAAUCGUCGUCGGAGGUGAAAGUCUGGGUGCAAGACAUAUUCCGACGACCACAGUCCGGAGAUGUGAUCUCGAAGCUCGAGGUGGACCUGGUGUGCUGCUUGACUUCUAAGCAUGAGAAGGCCGAAGGCGGGGCGGGCUCCCUGUCGGAGGUCUACGUUGCCGAUGGGACGGGAUUUGCCUCCUCGAUGCCUGGGAAAGAAUGGGACGACCGGCGUGACGCCGCCCUGCUCAAGGGAGUGCGUGCGGCGUUGGGAAAGCCUGGCUGGUCUCCGGGAAACCCGCGGCCUCCUCCAAUCCCGGCGCACCUCAAGGUUGAGGUUACCGAAAACAAAAGAGAGUGGGAAGCGUUGGCACUGUCGCCCGGCAUGUGGAUCCGUCUGCGCCGGCUGACCAUCGUGAAGAACAGAGCUACAGGAAACAUGUCGGCCAAAAUGAUUGACAAGGGGUCGAGCGUCAAUCCUCUGCAUCCCAGCAUGGUCGAGGUUCAGCACAUCGCCAUGUCUUACGCAACGCACUGCGCAAGCGCUAGCAGCAGCAGCAGCACCAGCGGUAGUGGAGGCCGCAGGGGCAACGGUGGUGAGACCAAUACGGGUGGCAGCACUGGCAGCGGCGCCAGGAAAGCGCCAUCCCCCGUGCGUCCCCCGUCGCGCUCAGCACCGGCACCAGCGACAGCGACGGCCGGGGUAUGCUCACGGCAAAUGCCUUCCCCGCGCGGCAACGGUGCUUCCAGUGGCAACGCUGGGAGUAUGGCAGCCCCAAUACCUGCCAGCCGGGGAGAGGGGCUCUCGACGAACGGUGACCCCGGUGUUUCCGCCUCCAGUGCUGCCGCCUCUGGCCCUUCCUCUGGUUGCGACAACAGGGGACGGGCGACAUCUUCCUCCCGGGUAACCGGUUGUGAGAGGCGUUCUCUUCCAUCGUCCCCCACCGCCGCUGCCGCGGCGGGGGCGGCGCCGCGGAAGGUCCCAACUUCUUCUGCCCAACAACUAGCGCCACUGCUGAGGCGGCAACAACAAGGGCCACCGUUGAGACCGGCGGGGGUUAGAGGGAGGUGUCACUUCUUUGAUCGCGGUGAUGCAAGCAAAGAUGUCCUCGGGACUAGCAAUGCUCGUACGGGGGUUGGCGGCGAGGGAGCUGAAGUAGGGGGGCAUGUAUCGGUGCGAGGAACGAAGCGGGCCCUGCCGGUGUCAGAAGACAGGACCGAGACUAGGGCGGGGGCUGAACGGAGGCCGGAGGCGCCCGAAGGCAGACGGAUGUCUAACCUGGAGGUUGUCAGAUCCACCGUGGCCCCGAAUGUGUUCGAUACUCGAGCCAGAAUUGUCUCCCACUGGCCUCCAAAGGUGGAAGAUUUCGUGCGGCGUGGUCCAGAGUCGGACAACGACAGACUACACUUCCUCUUCACGCUGAGACUCGAAGACGAUUACGGGGUCGUCGAUGCCAUCGCAUCGGGCCCCGACGCAUCGCUCCUGCUGCCAGGGUCCCCGUCCCCAACAGAGUUCUAUACUAGCCUCGAGGUCCAGUCGAGGGUGGAGCGGGUCCUGACACGUCUUGAGUCUACCAGCGCGGGCAAAGCUGGAGGGGGGCUGAUUGAGCUGCGCCUGCGCUCUUACCUGGCGCCCCUGGUGGAGAUCAGGCACAGGGGAGACAAGUGCAAGCGCUACAGCAUCAUCGCCCCGUCUUGUUUGGAAGACUAAGGUUGAAAGGGGGUGUUCGCUGUCACAGGGCGAAACGCCAUCGGGUGGUUUUGUGCCUUGCCCUUACGAUUGAAGGUGCUGUACUUUCGCCUUUUGGUGCGGUAUAUGGGCUUUUCGUGACGAAAGCAGCACGUAAAAAAAUUCCAGGUCCGUUGCUAUAGUUUUUCUUGUGGCGUUGAAGCCGGCGAACCUGAUGCCUACGAUACCAACGGAGACCCUCAAUAUUUCUGUUGGUGGGAUAAGUACUGACUUUAGAAUAUCUUGUCGGGUUACAUGGUGGGUCGGAAGGGUGUCGGUUGUUUCUUUUUGUAGUUCAUGGUUCCCAAACGAAUUGACGUUAUCGCAUGUCAGGCCUGGAUAUGUAUAAGGACAGGAAGCAGUGGUGGCCUUCCACAUUCGAGUCUGUUCACCACAUAGAUGUAUAUCAUGCGCAUGUGAAGGUUGCCUUGGCUUCUUCAAUUUAUUCUUGUAGCGGCUUUAAUACGUUCUACUUCAAGGUGAAGAUUGCUCACGUGUAGGCACUUGGCUGAGUUGCUUGGGCCGUUGUGCAGGGUGUGUUGUUAACUGGCGCGCUUCCCGUGACACCAAG